AUGCCUUAUCUAUCGAUAGUACAUGUUUCUGAGCUGAAGUUGGAAGGCUAUGGAUUAAACCAUCGGACGCCUUGGGUUAGAGGCAUUGCUCAGCUGGGCACCGGUCCAGUCAUUACAACUAAUUACCUCGACUACACGUUUGAGCUAAUUCCUCUCCAGUAUUUAGUUCUCAACAAUUGGUCACCUGCAGUUAGUGUCGAUAUAACUUCUGGCUAUUCCCAGCUCUGGGUCGCUGAGUUUAGAUCAGUCGAUGACUUCACGCUGUGCGAUUCACCUUGCCAGCUAUAG